GAGCACGCCAGGUCCGGACUGGAGGAUCCUUUUCUCUCAGCAACGCAGAUCGCGGACUGGAUCCGUAGGACAACAGGUGACAAGGCCCCAGUGCCAGCAGACCUUACCAUCGGAGCCAACUUCCAUCGUAGACAGCCAGUGUCGGCCACAGCACCCCCUGGUCGUCCCGGAUGGCUCCGCGAUGACGAGGAAGGCCGCCCCGGCGUUUCUCGAUACUUUCCAGGCGAGAGGUGGUAUGAUGCCUUGAUGGGCUUCGUGGCCUUCAUAUACCAGGGCUAUCAGCCUAGCAAGCUUCAGCCGACAGUGGAAGUCACCCGCUAUCUCUCCAUGGCCUUCCCCGUGAAGGGCAAGGAGCUUUCAAAGCUGGCCGACGCCUUAGAAAGAAGAGGUGCCGACAUCCUCCCGUCUGAGGCGCGCAAGGUCAUCAAAGCCUGGUCCAUUGAUGUUGGCCUGGGAGACCCUGAGUACGAAGCUGGGGAUGAAGUUGCCGCACAGGACCAUUACCAUGGCCUUGUUCGCCGAAAGUCUCACAGCAGCAACAAGGGGGUGCUCCAGUCGUUGACGUGCCCACAGAGCAGCACCUGCAACCUGUGGAACCUGCUUCACGUAACUGUGAGCACUGUGGCAGCUCGGGGUUUCUCCGGGCGAACGUUGCUUGGAGACGGCAGUAUCCUAUCGCAUGGAAGCGAGGGUGGCAUGGCCCUGAGAUUCCAGGAUCCAGAGAUCGGCGUAAGGGAGGCUCAGGCCUUUGUCCGAACUUUUGUUGACAAUUUCCUUAGCUGCAAGCUGUGUCGCGAACGGUUCAUCUGGGAUUACGACCAGUGCAAUUAUGGCCGCUGCGAUUUCAAGGACUGGCAGUCUCUGCCCCUUUGGCUGUGGCGGGUGCACAACGCCGUCAACUUGCACGUAGCCGCUCACACAGGCUCACCGGUAGACCGGCGCUGGCCCGAAUACCAGGAUUGCCCGCGGUGCUGGCGACAAGAGCUGGUGCUGGGCGAUCCCGUCAGGCUUCUCUCCGAGCAGCCCAGCGUCUACGACCAGCAGGCUCUAUCUGAGAGUCGAUGGUCUGCUGCAGAGUUGGACCUGCCUUUCCACCUUAAGGCGGUCUUCUGGCACUUAAUAAGUACCUUCGUCGGCGUCCGGCGGAUUGUCUUCGCCCUUGAAGACUUCCAGGGCACUGAACGCGACGAGGUGAAGCAUGUCCUCACAAAGGAGGGCAUUAACACAAGCCCCAGGCGGCCGGCCCCCAGUCCUGGCCCCCCCUCGGCUGGUGGCCAGGUGCCGCUUCAUCCAGGGCCGCAGCUUGGGGGGACACUAGAGCCUCUGCGGAGCUUCGACCAAAGUCAGAGUGAAAGUGCGCACUCCGCGCAAUCCAUCUUCCUGGCGCUCUUGGCAAUGGCGAGCGGUGUGGCAAUAGUCAUCUGCUACUUUGGCCAAGACACCAUGGAAGGCCCAUUGGAUGCUGAAGACUUGGAAGACAG